AUGAAGGAGCACCCAACUCCCCGGAAGGAACAGGCCCGUUCCUCAGAGCUCUUGGAUCGAAGAACCAAGGACUUCUCGUCGAAGAAGAUACGAAAGAUCGCGAAGAAGAGCUUGAACUCUGCAUUUACGUCCCUUUCCGAAGAUGUUACAGAAUCACCAAAGGAACCCGUGGAUUUAUUUUCAGUUUCUGAGAUCGCCGACUCUGAUCACUUUAGAGAAAUCUCAGAAAGCUUCUUGAUGGCGGCGGGUCCGGCUCUUUCUGCUUCAUCAGAGUCACUGUUUGCUUCUGACCUUACUCCAUCCUCCACGGUCACAGCUGAACCAGGUGGUUCGAAGAUCAGUUAUGUAGAGGUAGAGACUGCAAUCAAUUUUCUCAAAAGAAGUCGAUCUCAGGUCCUGAAGUCUGCAGAUACAGAUCCUCGAUCUAAGAGGAUUAUGGAUGCCCUAAUUGAGAUUGUUAUUGGCGAGUUCUACCCUCAUCCAGAAGAGAGAGACCACAUUGGCGAACUCAUUUUGAUGAAAAUUCAAAUAGUUCUCCUCUGUUUCUUCUUGUGGAUCCUUGCAGUUGCAGUAGCUUUCUUCUUCGGUUCAGCGGUCCAAAACUCUUUCCGAGGACCUCUUCCAACCUGA